AUGGCGCCCACUAACAGAGCCUUCGUUUUGGUCGCCCUCUGCGUGCUGAGCCCGACUCUGACCAGGGUGUCCAAUGCGGCGACCACGAACCCGUUCAUCAUUGGGGGGGGGUCAACCACCCCCAGUACUUCGGGGGGGACAACCACGACUGCCCCCACAACCGCAAGCACAACGUCUCUGAGCACAAACCCCACGGACCCAAUCUCAACGUCCAAGCCCAAUACGCUUUUCACAUCGGUGACGCAUCCCGUCACGCCAAAGAACCUGGAUGCCGCGCUGUUGAAGAAGCCCAUCCCCACAAAUGAAUUCUGGACGAGCCUGGUGUUUGGGUCGGGAACGGGGAACGUGUAUGUGAAUCCAUAUGUGGUCUGGCCCAACACUGUGGCGCCUUUUGGGCUGAGCAUCAGUCAUGCGGAUGAGCCCACGGUCAACAUGUUCACUGCAAAGGCAGCCAGCGACAGGGCUAUGAGCUACACGACCGCGAAGCAGGCCGACAUGGGUUUCUCUUCGGCCGAGACCGGGCUGGGUUACACCGUGACGGCCUUCGACGAGUUUUCGGCCACACUCGUCUACAAGGCCUCGGGGGGCACCUCCUCGCUGACGUUCCCCCUCGUCAAGGGCAUGGCUUACGUCACGGCCAACUACGCGGGGCUGACACCUGUCAUCUACACGGCGCACAGCAUCACGGGCGUGGCGGCAUCGACGGCUGUGGGCGAUGAGGGCAAAAAGUUCACGAUCACCCUCUCAAACGGCGACACGUGGCUGCUGUACUCCCUCAGCGCGUCCCUGACCCUGUCCAAUAGCGGCAAGGAGCUCAGAGCAUCGGGCCCCGUCACCGGCACGCUCCGCCUGGCGAAGAUCCCCAACAACAAGAACACGCAGUUCUGCUUCAACGAGAUCUACCGCAAGUCCAACACGAGCUACGUGACGUCACUGUACGACUCGCACAGGUGGCGCUACCCCAUUGGCGGGCAGCUCAACGUGACCGUCCUCGGCACGGGCCUCGCGGGCGCGUACAUUUACUUCAAGUGGAACGUGGCGGCCGAGGGCGCGGGCGCGACCAACAGUCAGACAUUCAAGUUCGCCAACGGUACGGUCGCCAAUGUGACCAUUCCCAUGCUGCACUUUGGCUUCCCGCACCACCAGGACACCAUCGUUAACGCCACGACCUCGAGUUUCCGCCUCACUAACCUCGCCAUGAUGAGCCCGACCAAGGGCAUGAUGCAAGCGUUCGAGGGCGAUCGGUGGAUCUUGCGCGAGGGGGACACGGGGACCAUUACGUGGACUCCGCCCAACGCCAUGCAAACCGACAAGUACGACGGCGUGGUGGCCGCUCUGAUCGACGAUUUGGCGCUCGACUUCUCGGCGACGACCGGCAAUCAGUCGUCCAACUACGAGCUCGGGCGGCAGCUCCAGAAAUACGCGAUGCUCUGCCAGGCCGCGGACGUGGUGGGCGUCAGCAACAAGGACUGCAUCACGAAGCUGACGUCAGCGAUGGCCAACUUCGUGAAGAACAAGCAGCUGACGCCUCUCAACUACGACGCCACCUGGGGGGGCCUCGUCUCGUCCAGCGACAUCAAGGGCAACACCGGUAACCUGACCGACAACGGCAACACGUACUACAACUACCACCACUACAACUACGGCCCGUUCAUUUACGCGGCCGCGGUUCUGCGCUAUUACUCCAGCACGUGGGGAACGACCAACGGCGCUUUCAUUGAGGAGCUCAUACGCGAUGUGGCCAACCCAUCGGCGCUCGACACGUAUUACCCGACGUUCCGCAGCUUUGACUGGUUCCACGGGCACAACUGGGGGAAGGGCCUCGUGGACACGUCAGCAAACGGGCGGGACGUGCUUUCGGUUGCGGAGGAGAUCAACUUCGCGCACGCGGUGCGGCUGUACGGGCUCGCCUCCAGCAAGCAGAACAUCCAGAACCUGGGCAUGGCGCUCUUCGCGGUCUCGCGGCGCACCGCGCGGCGCUACUUCCUUAUCAACAAGGCCCAGAACGCGUGCCCCUACAAGUACCGCGAUAACAAGGUGGCGGGGAUUGCCACCGAGGGACAGGUGACGUACGCCACGUAUGCGGACAACUCGACGGAGGCAAUCCACGGACAGCACAUGCGUCCGAUGAUCCUUCCCAUGGAGAUCGUACGGUUCCCGGACUUCGUGCUCGAGGAGUGGACGAUGCGCCUCCAGGACUACGCGCCCUUCGUCAACAACACGUGGACGAGCGCGCUCUACUCGAACCUGGCCAUCAUCAACGUGACCGCCGCCUGGAGCACGCUGGUUAACCUGCAACCCUACCAAAUGGACCCGACAACCACCAAAUCCUGGGUGCUUUUCUGGGCAGCGACCCGGCCGGAACCCAAGUUGGUUAACAAACCCAAUAUUUUCGGGCCCUGGGGGAACAGCACGUGCUACGAACCGGGCCCCAAGGCGAAGAUGAUCGACUUGUUGAUCGUGUUCGGGACGUGCGUCGUGGCCGGGGCGUGCCUCGUGUUCGCGUUCUGCGUGACGCAGAACCCCGGGCGGCGGUCGGGGUACACCAAGCUUUGA